AUGUCAGUCCCCGUCACAGCUACAUGCCUUUGUGGCCGAAUCAACGAGACCGUACACCUUGAAGGCCCACUACCACAGCACAAGCGGAUCUGCCACUGCGACACCUGCCGCUACACAACAGGCGUCCUAUACUUGUCCGCACCCACACUCGCAUCAAAGCCCGACUUCGUGGACAGACUCACACGUUACGAAUCAUCGAACAACCUAAGCCGCUACUUCUGUGCAUCAUGCGGCUCUCACAUGUUCAUACAUGUCUACCAGGGCGACAAAUGGGAUGUGUGCUCUGGCGUCGUGGACCAAAUUCAGGACGGCAGCACUUCCCCGGAAGUUUACACAAGCCACGAAUUCGUUGACGACACGAUCGAUGGAGGCCUAGCGAUCUGUAUGCUGAGGAAUGGGGAGGGACAGAAUCUCGAGCUGUAUGCAGAAGCUGACAAUGAGGACUGCGUGCCAGCUUCGCGCUACACUUCAACCGGAAAGCGAUCGGUGGUAGAAGAUGCCCUUCUCAGCUCAGACAACCAUAAGACGAGACUUCGCGCAAGUUGCCACUGCGGUGGCGUCGAAUACUACAUCACUCGACCUACAUCAGCUUCGAAGACCUUCAACAGCCCAUGGCCAGAUCUGAUCGUCGCCUCACAGGCCGCUCACAGCGACAAUCCAGACAAUAUCAAAUGGUGGAUUCGGGAAGACAACAAGUACCUGGCCGGUACAUGCACUUGUCGAUCGUGCAGACUCGCAAGCGGCGUGCCUGUCCAGACCUGGGCGUUCGUACCACAAGCCAACAUAGAAAUGAAAGACGGCAAACCAUGGCAGCCAGACUUUGGGACACUCGGGCAUUACAAUAGCUCCAAGGACGUCACGCGAGACUUCUGCAAGACGUGCGGCGCAACGGUCUUCUGGCGGAGCGAGGCUCGGCCAGAGCUCAUUGAUGUGAGCAUUGGUCUGCUCAGAGCGGCAGAGGGCGCCCGGGCUGAGAGCUGGCUGCACUGGUGGACCGAACGGAUCAGCUUCUGCGAAGAGGCGCUGGAUUGGGAAGUCGUGAGAACGCUGGCGCCUGGAUUGAAGACCAUCCGCAAGGAAUAG